UCGUGUGAUCAACAUAAAAGCAAAUCGUAGCUGGGGCAGAACAGAAAAAGCAUUCGAUGGCGGAGCGUCAUCUCAUUCUGACUUGACGGUGUGCUGGGUAACGAUCUGAUAUUUACAGGAGAUAAAAGUCGAACCGGGCCAGGCGACAGUAGCAGCGUUUUCACCUGCUCGAGAUGUUGCACAAGUCACUGGGUCUACUGCUGCGGGUCAAGUCGGCGUCCAGACCCUACCCGUGUAGUCCUUCGAGUAAUUCGCACCUGAACGAGUCGACCUGUUGUUUGCAUUUUUAGCGAUGUUUGGAUUACGUUCUCCGCUAAGGAAAUCUAUCUCGUCCUCGGAAUUCGACUCCAUCCAUAUGAUAUACAGCCACAGUUCUUACCGAGAACUUCCGUCUCCCUGGCUGUCGAGGAUCACAGAAGAUGGAGAACUGUUCUAUGUGGACACUGGUGGUGUUUCCUUUCCCUUGAGUCACUGCAGUGAGUCGAACCCAUGGUGCACCACGCCCGUGUGCCAGUGUUCUAACAGUGAAGACACUGGAUACUCGACGGAUAAUGAUCAACCGUCACCAAAAGGAGAACGCAACACGAGAAACACAGAAAAGCUGGACAUUUUUACACUUCCAGAGCUUUCAGAAGAGUUGGAAUCCAUAAAUUCAGAAUUAACGUUACCAUCAGAACUUUCUGAGUGUGUAAACGAGAUGGAUAGCAAGGGUCAUUCAGGGAAAUAUUACCAAGUUGUGAUCUCUGUGAAUCCUGGUGUAUCUACUACUCUACAGUCAUAUAAAACAGCGUGCGAACAAUUACUGGGAAUAGUUCCUGGCAUUGAUGGCGUCAAUGGAAAAUCAGUAUCUAGAGGAUGUAGUGAGAAAAAGGAUGUUAUAGUAAAAGGAUUUUUACCAGACGGACCGGCAGUGAAGUUAACAAAUAUUCAUAUUAAUGACAGCUUGAAAAAGAUCAAUGGCGUCAGUGUCACGUGGGAUAACAUUGAUAAGAUCCUUUCUACCAUCUCAUCUCCACAACAGGUUAAGUUAACCCUACAGAGAAAUGCUUGGACCAGUCCAAGACUUGAACCGAAACCAGCAUUAUUUAGUGAUGAUCUAGUCUCGUUGUUAACCAGCAGCAAGGUGAAUGGCUGGCUGUCAGGGACAGAUAACUCUCUUUGUGUUCUCUAUGUUUCAAUGGAAGGAAUGACCUCAGAUGAUGUGCUAGAUAAGGAAGAUUUGUUGUACCACUUCCCUCCCCAGGAGCAAAUAUUUUCUGCUGUCCGUGGAAUGUUCUAUACACUAAGUCAUGUGCUGAAAGAACUUGGUAAAUUUGACACCAAAAUAUCUACUGUAGUGCUAAAUGAUGAAAGAGUUCAUGUCAGUUAUUAUGAAGAAGACAAAAAUCUGCUGCUGAUCACAGUUCCAGCUCACAAGUUAUCGGCCUCCCUACUCAGCCAGUUUACAGUUGAGAUUGUGCGGCUAAUCCGGGUUCUGCUGGGGUCACUGGACACAGCUUUCAAACACUGCAAGCACCACCCACUUCUGAAUGAACUCUUCUCAUUAGUUGUCAGAUGUCACUUCUCAGCAUCGCCUGGAGACCAAAAUUGUUACCCAUCUCCAUUAGUCAGAUCUUUAUGUCAGUCAAGUGAAGUGCAAUACCUACCUCUUUGUGAUGAUAUUAUGCUUUAUAUUGGCAAUAUGUUAUCAGACUUUGAGGCAGCAGAAUUUGUUGAUAUGUCUGAUACAUUCUAUGGUUGCCGGAGAUCAUACACUAUUUUAGGAUCAGCAUUAUUUUAUAAGGGCUACCUCUUAUGCAGUCACCUGUCUAAAGCAGAUUUGUCGGACGUCUACCUCUACCUCAAAUACCACUGUUUGUUGUCACUGACUGGGAAACACUCAAUCAGUCAGCUGGUCAUCUGGCGUCAAGUGUUCCCCUCCAGGUUCUGUGACGAUGUGUCGCAGAUCAACAGCAACUUCGGGUAUUCUGAACCACACGCACAGUGGUUUCUUCUCAUAGUUGGGCUGAAACAUGGUUUGUUUGCUACAAUUCUUGAGGCAGGAGGCUGUGCUUCCCAGAUUCAGGGCCAGCCUCAACCAGACCCGUUCUACAUUGACCAGGCGCGGUCUACUCUAAUGCAAGCCCAGACCAUUCAUGUGGUAUCUCAUUGUGAAUCCAGAUUGGCUGGAGAAGGUCUUCCGAUGUUGUCCGUUGCUGAUGAUUAUAUCACAAAGACAACAGAUAAACUGAUCCAAAGUUUAACAGCAAAAACGUCAGAUGACCUUUUAAAAAAUAGCUUGAGCUUGCCACCUGGGAUUGUUUCCCUUAGACCAGUAUUGAGCAGCACUGCCAGAAAGCAGUCUGUGGAAUCGGACGGGUCCAGUGGCAGUGGCAGCAAUGAUGGGCUCUUUAAGAGUAACCGGAAGACACGCUUGUUUCCAAAUGCAAGUGAACUCACCCCACUGAUACAAGAUAUUUCUCUAGCAAACACAAUGUGUUCAAAAAUUACCUCAGGAAAAAGCAAUUGUUUAUUUCACUACAUCCAUAACGAUGUGGUGAGUGGAGUAUGUAUAACUCCCCCUGUUACGUCCAGACAGAGUCUUCCUCAUGCAAAACUGCUGCACAACUUCUACAGGUGUUCUGCACAAAUCAAAAACAUGUUCACAGUUUCAACUCAACGCAAGGAUGCUCACAGUGAUGAGGAACCACUGUUUGACACAGACAGCGGUUUGAGGAACAUCCGGGAAUAUGGCGUUCUCUUCCAUGAUGAUCAUCACGUCAUCACAGAUGGAAAGAAAUCAACAAGUUCUCUCUGCUAUUGGGUUGUAGGACGGAGAUUUUCCCGACCUGUGAAGAGAGAACUGUACGUUUGUUUCCAUGAAUCCACACCACAGAACCUUGUGGAGAUGGCCUUUCACCUCGGUUUUAGUCUGCUCAACCCGGGAUGAACACAGAACAUCUUCAAAAUUCUGGUUUACCCAUCAGAGAAUCUGCCUGUAGAUCACUCACAUCAGCAGGAAAGUUCAUCUGAGAUGAUGAGCUGACUGGCCUGUUCAGACAAACACCAAGAUGUCUUUAUUUCUUCAAGUUCCAAGACUCUACUGUCUAAGAUACCAUCAUGAGAAGCAUCCUAAAGAUCGCCUAAUUUUCAACCCUGAUGAUGAGAUAACCUGGCAGACAUGCCUCAUUUGCAUCGCAAACCAAUACCAUGACCAUGAUGUUCCCAACAUAUGCCUACUGGACUAUCAACCUGAGACUUCCUGUAGGUGAUUCUUUCCCAGAUGAUGACAUAACAAGUCAUGGAUGCCUCAGCAAUAGUGCAACUCAUUCCCACCACCAUGAUGAUUUCUGCAAUUCUCAACAUAUUCUAUCUACUAGAGUACAAACCUAAGACUCUUAAUUCCUAAUAAUGAUUCAUUUGCAGCAGAUGUAAUCAAUACAGCCAUGACUAACUGCAUUGCAAAUAAUACCAUGGCCAUUUUGUGUUAUCUAGUUCUCAGGAUACCAGCUGGACUGCCAAUAUGAUAGAUACUCUUCCCAUAGAAUGUUCACUCCCAGACGAUGAGAUCAAGUUAGACAAGCCUGCACUAAAUUGCAUAUUAACAUCAUGACCAUGGUGUUUUUUGCAGGAUCUUCUAUAUUCUGGUCUACCAUAAUGAGACUUCCUGAUGUGGUGCACAAGAUCUUGAUAAAACAACCAUCUUUUUAAUAGGAAAAUAUAGACUGCCAUGUUUUGUCAGUCAGUUUUUUUUCUGUGUGAAUUCUGUUAAUAAUCGACAACAGCAUAUUACACUAUGGGGUGUUGUUAAACGAAAGCCUUUUGUGAAUGUUUUGAUGUUCUAAAAAAGACUGAUGUAUUUGUUGAACACUUAAUAGUGAAACCAUUAUCUACCUCUUCUAUCUUUACAUCGCAUCAUCCGUCCCUUUUUUAAAGGUACAUGUCUCCUAUGUACAAACAUUAUAUUGAUGAUUAAAAAUCAUCCUGUGAAAAUGUAAAAAUCAUGAUUUUAUAUGAUACCACUUGAAAGGUUUGAGGUUUCAUAAAAUAACCUGCACCAUUAAGGUCCUGCAAACAUCAGAUGUACAGAAAUUAAUCUUGCAAGCAAGAAACUAAAUACCAUAAAAAAUAUUAUAAGAUGUAUAAGGUAACUGCAAGACCAGCACCUUAAACAAGAUUUAGUUGGAAAAGAUGUUUAAAUAUAUUUUAUUUUUAACCUCGGUUUUGACAUAUCAGAUGUACAGAAAUUAAUUUUGCAAGCAAAAAACUAAGUACCAUAAAAAUGUAAGGGAAUAUGCCUCUAA